AUGAGUAAACCUAACGUAAGUACUGCUGAAUGUGAAUAUAAAAAUGAAAUUAAAGUUACUUGUAAUACAAAUGAAUCAGGAAGCGUUAAUACCAUUCAACUUCAAGAAGAGUUCGAGAAAGAAAUUGGAUACAAUAUGCAAACAAAUGGAAUAAGCGAUGAAGAUAUUUUAAAUAAAUCAAGUGACGCAUCAAGAAAAGUGAUGGUAUCACAAGAAACAGUGAUAGAUAUGACAUUUAUACAACCAAACCUAACAUCAAAGAAUAUUAUGUCGUUUACGAGACUAAUGCUUAAGAAACAUAUGUCACGACAGCUUUUUAGAAAACAUCAGCAAGGACCUUAUCAACCAACUUAUACCCCACAAGGAUAUCCACCGCAGGGCUAUCCGCCGCAGGGCUAUCCACCACCGGGCUAUCCACCACCGGGCUAUCCACCACCGGGAUAUCCACCACCGGGAUAUCCACCACAAGGGUACCCACAACAAGGUUAUCCUCCACCGAAUCCUCCGCCACAAGCUGGAGGUUUUGGCAACUUCUAUGGUGGUCCACCCGAAGGGUUCGAGCCAAUACCAUAUGAUCCUGAAACAAGGAAUGCUUUUAUUCGUUUGGUGAUGACUAUAGUGUUGGUCAUGCUGAUCGCUACUGCUAUUUUCGUUGGUGCUUCCAUAACAGUCGAACCCAUGCGCGAUGCAUUCAGAAAAGCUGGGCUUCUUAUACUUUUACCAGCAAUUGGAUUGACCUCGUGCAGUUGUGCAAUGUGUUCAGAAUGUUCUCAAAGGCCACCGUGCAAUUUUGUCAUUUUAACAUUCACGACUAUAUGCAUGAGCUUAAUAGCUGCAAUAAUUUCAUGCCGAUUCCGGACCGAAAUUGUAGUUUACGCUGUUAUUGCCACAGCAGCUGUCGUACUUGUAUGCAUGAUACUGGCAUUCUCCGCUUUCGAUUUCACGAAGUGCAUAUUAUACGUCAUCGUAGUAAGCGUUGCAUUGUCAGUCGUUGGUAUACUCCUGUUAGGUGGAAUGCUUAUUGCAGGAGUUUAUUUGAAACCCCUGCACAUUGGUAUAUUGGUUUUAAGUACUAUAGUACAGGCUGUGAUGUUAGUAAUGCAGAUACAGAUGAUAAUAGGUGGCAGAUCUGUGCAAUUAGAUGAUAGUCAAUAUGCCAUGGCAGCGUUUAUGCUCUACACCUCAAUUGUAGAAAUAUUCAUACAUCUGGUUCAGAUAAUUGGACUUGCAGACAGAUAA